AAGUUGGAAAACCGCGCGAAAUUCUACGGCCGUGUUGUUCUUUGCAAUUUGAGAAGGUUUCGAAGGACGUGAAUUUUGUAAAAAUCUGCGAUUUUUCGGGAAAGUUUACUGAUUUUUGUCAGUAUGGAAAUGAAAUUAGAGUGAUUAGUGGUGCCUGGUGAUAUUUGCGAAGAAAUUUGUAGUUAAACGCCGGGAGAUACGCUGCAAUGAGUUCCGAAACCGACGUGGAAGAGCAGCGACUGCUCCGUCGCAAGAAAAAGGCCUCCGAAGCUGGAAACCUGCUCCUGCUGGCCGAGGCAUGCCGGAAAUUGGGCGAGAUGUACCACGAGCAAAGUGAACACCGAAAGGCACUCAUCGAGUACAAGCUGGUGGCCAAAGCGUUCCAGAACCUGAAAAUGCAAAUGGAACUGGGCCGGGCGCACCGGAUGAUUGGCGAACAGUUCAACAUGCUGGGAGAGUUUGAAAAGGCGCUGCAGUACGAUCGAAGCUAUCUGGACAUUGCGAAACAGGAAAAGGACCACGUUGAGGUGCAGAGGGCUCACGUUACGAUUGGGCGGACGUUUCUGAUGAAGGGACAGAGCUGCGAGAAGCUCGAACAAGCGAUGGAACCACUGAUGGAGGCGGAGAGGUCAUUCGAACGGAGUUUGAAGUUGAGCCGGGAGUUGAAGAGCAUUGGGCGGUUGGAGCAGGUCGACAUGGAAGCGAGAUCUCUGCUGAAUCUGGGCGUGACGAAGGAGCACCAGGGCAACUGGGAGCAGGCCACCGAGUACAUGCAGAAGGCGACGAAGCUCGCCGAGAACAACGACCUGACCGAGUUGCUGCACCAGUGUUACACCACGUCGGCGCUGCUGUUCAACUCGAAGCUGAACAAUCACGCACGAGCACUGAAAGCCCUCUCGGAAGCGCUGGAAGUUGCGUCCCGGCUGCAGAACAAGGCCACCAAGAUGUGCGAGACGUUGAUCACCAAGGCGGACAUUCUGAUCAAGACGGGCGACUUUCAGAGCGCUCGCCAAGCGCUGAAGCAGGCGUACAAGCUGCGGACGCCGGUCGCGACCGACGCGGACAACAUUGAACGCCGGUUGAAAGUGCUGGUGGCGGUUUGCCGCGUCGAGGACGAGUUGAUCAUGACCGGCAGUGAAGAGUACAGAAAGAAGAAGGGAUUGUACGAGCGGAUGGGAGACGGCGCCUGCAAGCUGGAGAACUACGCGAAGGCCAUCGACUACUAUCUGAAAAUGCUGGAGUGUGCGCAGCUCGCGGGGGAAGCCGAUCGCGAUUUGAUCCCGAUCUACGUCAGUCUGUACCAGACGUACAAGGACAACAAGCAGUACGACGAUGCGUUGGUUUAUUUGUGGCAGGAGUACGAGUUGAUCGACGAUGACCCGGAGGAGGCGUACAAUACGCUGUUGAGCAUUGCGGACGUGUUUGAGGCGCAGAAGAAGUCCUGGAACGAGGUGGAUGAAAUCUAUCAGCGCGCUCGUGCGCAGGCCAAGAAGCUCAAGUCGCUUCCGAAGGAACGGGUAGCGAUUAAGCGCUGCGUUGCGAUGCUUAAGCGGCAAGGGAUGGAAAUGAUGGCGGAACGGCUUGAAAAGGAGGCCACCGGGAUGGGUAUGGACUUGGAGAACAGCGUCGCUGAGGACAGUGACGAUUCGGACACUCAGGAUGAAACGGAAACUUCGAUUGAGUACGCAAUCAAUUCGCUGGAAAUUGGCGAGGAUGUCGACUUGGCCGAGCUGUCCAAUUCGGACGAUGAGAGACCGAAGCCGUUGGAUAAAUCGCUGGAGGGUAAGAAUACCCGAAAGAGAGGAACCACUUUCAAGGUGAAGAAGAACAACAAGGGAGAGUCGCAACUUCACCAGGCGUGCAUCGGCGGUAACUUUGUACUCGUGCAAAAGCUGCUUGAUCAAGGCCAUCCCGUGAACGUCCGCGAUAACGCCGGUUGGUUGCCGUUGCACGAGGCCUGCAUUCAUGGCCACAAGGAAAUCGUUGACCUGUUGCUGGAUCGAGGAGCGUACAUCAACGACAAAGGUGGUACCAGCUGCGAUGGAAUCACUCCGCUGUACGACGCUUGCUCCAACGGGAACUUGGAAGUGGUGGAACUGCUGCUUGAUCGCGGAGCAAACUGUACGCAGCGAACCGACUCCGGCGAUACAACGUUGAACGUGCUGCAGCUUUGGUUCGAAGGCGUCCAGAAAAAACUGGCUCCCGAGAUCAUUUCGUAUUACAACACGAUCUACCACCGAAUCAAGGGCUAUUUUGAUGUGGCCGCUGUUAAACCAGACGAAUCGGCAACCGUUCCCGAUGCAAUUCUCAACGACUCACAGCCAGCCGGUCGAUCAACCCGUCGCCGAGCAAUCCAACCCAUUCGUUCGGGCUCCGAGUCUGGAAAUGAAGAAACACGAUCAGCUCGCUCGACCGUUCGCAACUCCGCAAAACAACCGUCCAAACGCCGACCGCUUCCCGAGGUGCGCUCGGACUCGUCCGGCCUGUCGUCCGACUCGGAACCGGAAGAGCAGAUCCGACCUCGCGCCUCAAAACCCGGCGUAUUCGACUACCAAACCGCGAUCGAAGCGGUUCGCAAACGCACCAACGCUCAGCUGUCACCGCUGAAGGACCCCAACCCGGCCCCGUCCAAGCGAACCGCCCACAUGCGCCGCGAAGAGGUCGGCGACGACUGGCUGGUGGCAGAUGUGAAUCCCGCCACAAAGCGACAGAAAUUCCUCUCCGACAAGGACUAUUCCGAACCAUCAGUUAAAUCAUCCCGUCGCAGCUUGGAGGACCUCGUAUCCCCGCAAAAGUCCGUCGCCAGCAGCAAAGGGUCGAACCGCGCACGGCAGCGAAGCGUUUCCCUUGACCCCGCUCCGGACGCCAACCAGAUCCUGAUGAGCGCCUCGAACCGAAGUUUCUCCCGGGCACCUUCCGCCCAAUCGAAAUCUCACCGGCAGAGCUUAACCGGCAGCAACCGGUACCAGGGAUCGCUGCUGGAAGCGGGCUUCAGCGUGAGCUCCCGGUCGGUCGGUUCGAACGGAUCCGCGGUGGAUGAUCCGGAAGACGUGCGGUUGCUGAUGUCACCGUCGAAGGAGAGCGUCGCAUCGUCGUCCGGAGAUAAUAGACCGAGCGGGAUGACGACGACGAAGGCGCCGGGUUUGGUGUUGCCGCCGUCAAUGGUGCGAGUUCUGGUGGACGGAGAUCAGAUUGAUGUGGACUACGAUCAGGACCAGGAGAUGGGACUUAGCGUCGGGUGGUUGGCCGAGGAGGUGGCCAAGCGAUACGGAAUCAAACACGGCAAACGACCCCUGCUGAAGCUGAUGCGCUCGGACAACAGCCUGUGCAUGGAUUCGGAACCACUCUCGACCGUGCUGGAAAAAACCGACCCGGUCAUCAAAUCGUACGUGAUCGAGUACACCUCGCUGCGGGGAGAUCAGUUCUACGAGGACAGCUGCCGGCUGCGCGAUCUUGAACCCGUAACCGCGCUGAUGAGCGCGCUCAACCUGAUGGAAAACACAGGCAAGCUCGCCCUGAAGCGAGACUUUUUCGCGGGCACCACGCGCCAGUUCGACGUCCUGUUUCAAGCCAUCGGCUGCCAGGGCAGUACGCGGGAGCUCAACCUGUCGAUGAAUCAGCUCACGGACGCGGAGUUGCAGGGCUUCGUCGAGAAGCUUCCGGUGCUGAAGAACUUGGAACGGUUGAACCUCGCGAUGAACCCGCUAACGCAGAAGAGCAUCUUCAGUAUGUCCACCAAGCUGGCGUCGCUUCCGGACAUGAUCUACAUGACUGAGCUGGAUCUCAGUCGGUGUUCGCUGCUGGAUCAGAGCAUGCCCCAGUUGGCCAGCAUCUGCCAGCGGAUGCCACAGCUUCGGGUGCUGCGACUGGCGUCGACGAUGAUCACAAACUUGACGUAUGGAAGUCCUCCGCUGGACGUGUCCCGCCUCCAAGUGCUGGACGUGUCCGAAAACAGUCUCAACAAAAAGUCCAUCGAGUACAUGUUUGCCAAGUUGGACAUGUGCAUUUUGACGGAGCUGAACGUGUGUAAGUUGGGUUUGCUUGCGGAAUUUAAGCCAAAUCUAACCGUGGCGAUUCAGACGAAAGAGUUCGACAUGUUGAGCACGCUGAAUCUCAGCCAGUGUGGCCUCACCGAUGAUGAACUGUCCACACUGCUGGUUCCACUGCGAUCCAGUGCCGGAAAGUUGAAGCUGCUGGACGUGUCCUUCAAUCGGCAGUUGACGCAGAAAAGCUUCGUCGAGGUGUUCCGCACGUUAAACACCCACUCGCUGGAGAUGGUCCGAUUCGCCGAAAAUCCGCUGGUGUUGAAAGGCUUGAGCGAUGCGCUGAUGGACGAUAUUCAGUACGAUCGCGCCAGGUGCUACCCGUACGCGGUUGACCUGAUGAGACCGUUGAGGUUGGGCGAACCGGAGGCAAAAACGUUGCUGGAUAAGUUGACGGAUUUUUGGGAGCAGCUAUGGAAGGAACGUGGAGCGGUUUCGAUGAGCAAAUCAACGGUUUCGCUGAGGCAAAAGCAUUACACAUAAGUACUGCAUAAUUAUCCUUUUUCUGUGGUAAUAUACGCCUUUCCGGUGGAAA